AUGGAGCUCUCGGAGUAUGUGCAGAGAGGCUGCCAGAUGCUGGCCGAUCCCGGCUGCUUCGACCUCUCCGCCUUCGCACUUCUCCUCCGAGCGGCCUUUCGGAGCCUGCUGGAGACCCGGGCUGAUGAGGCCGCGCUAGAUCAUCCAGACUUGAAACAUAUUGAUCCUAUGGUAUUAAAACAUAGUCAUGCAGCAAUUGCAACUUGUAUACUGGAGGCAGGAAAGCAGAAAGCUGACAAGUCAACUCUGAGCACAUGUCUAGAAGACUGUAAAUUUGACAGAGAGAGAAUAGAACUCUUUUGCACAGAAUAUCAGAAAAAUAAGGAUUCUCUGGAAAUUCUACUGGGAAGAAUUGGCAGAUGUCCUCUCCUUAUAACUGAUGUUUCCUGGCGUUUGGAAUAUCAGAUUAAGACCAAUCAACUUCACAAACUGUAUCGACCUUCAUAUUUGGUGACCUUAAAUGUUGAGAAUGAGGGUUCUAGAUCCCAUCCAGACAUUAGUUUUAAUUGUACUAUGGAGCAAUUACAGGACUUAGUGGGAAAACUUAAAGAUGCCGCCAAAAGCCUGGAAAGAGCAGCUCAGAUGUGAUUGAAAGACCUUAACAAUCUACUAGGGUCAAGACGAAGACCAGCGCUCCCCGGUCCAUCCGGCAAGCUGUCCAUAUCCCUUCUGCAAGUUGAAUCCCUUCUUUUUUAGUAGAACUUGUAUUAAUUCCCAUCUUUUGAACGUGUGAAACUUAUGGAACCUAACUUUUCUACAUUACUACAAUAUAACUGAAGGCAGAAAUACCGUUGUAUGUUAAAAAUCA